UCACCGUGAGGGAACCAGAUCGCCAUGACCUUCAUACAUUCAACUGGUUUUUAGACCGAUCGCCUUGUUAUGUAUUUUAUUUUCAAAUUACGUCCCGUCUGCAUCAUCUGUGAGAAAUUCUAAGUGAUGUAUAACCUGCUGUAACCCACAUUGUAAUUGUUUUCCCAAGUGAUGUGUGUACAACGCGGUGAAUUUUAAAAAUAUCUCAACAAUUUGUCAGAAAUUUUGGGUUAUGUACUAUGCUAAACUAGGUUGUCUCACAAAAACAUGUAAAAUAGAGGAUAUCCAGGGAGAGCCGCUGUCCGAGAGUAUCAUGAAACCAAACCAAGGUAAGCAAUCCACAGGCACCGCCUCUGGCCUCGGCCAGGGAGCUCUAUCAGCGAAAGCACUUGAAUACUACCGCAUGUACGCCGCCAACGAAGACCUACCAAAAUAUUUCGCCGGGGAUUACACCGAUGACACCACCUCGACGACCACGCCGACGACAUCCUCCCUAACCACAGUCCGCCAAUGCGUGGAAUCACUCCCCGAAGACUGCGCAUCGCCAACCAGUAGCAUACUAUCAACAAAAUCAACGAAAAAACAUCUGGAAUGGGACAGCGGCGCGGAUAUUGGCUACGCCGCGCUGCACGCACUCCAGAAGAGUGCCUCCAUGCCCAUCCUCGACGAUAAAGACCCCCAGAAACCUGUAAAGACUAAAACAACAAAAGGCCACAGCCUUGCGGGUAUCCCAAGCGUAAGCGCAGAUAAUUCCGAUACAGAUAACACAAUUUCCGACACAAACACAACCGCGCAAGACCUGAUGACUUAUCUUAAAGCUAAAGUAGGUUUACCGGUAGCAGAGUCAACACCUGUAGGUUUAGAUAUAAAAAAAUCCGGCAGUGAUCCGACGAUUUACUCCAAACAAAAAACAAAAAAUCUCAAUACAACCAUGUUUAACUAUGAGGUGGCGCCAUCUGGUGACCACUGCGAGAGUAACAUUACACAUGCACACAGCGCACACUCACUAAACUCCUCCUCCAAUGAUACCCUACCACAGAAUAAUAAAUAUUUCGCGAGAUAUCGCCGCAGCAAGUUGAAAAACCUGCAGAUUGCGCAGCCAAUCAGCAUUGAGUGUCUGAAUGACGUGAGGACAGAGGAUGGGCAGACGCAGACAACACAUAUUCACUCACCGGAAGUCCCAGCAGAAGAGGUGGAACCUCAAAAUGUUGAUAAUCAGUCCAUCGGGGUGCAGACAGCGGGCAGGAGGUCAAAACAAGAGAUUUUGUAUCUGUUUCAUCCUAGUGCUGAUAAUAUUCGGUUUGAGUACAAGUCGACUUCGUCUUCGACUGCAACCACGACGAAUUCGUCAAGGGGGCGUGUCUAUGACGGCGCGUUUUUGAAUUGUAAUAGUUUUGAGUAUGUUGCGGGGAAUUUUCAAGAUUCUAGCACGACUAGUGAAGGUGUAAUGAAAGAAGAUGAAAUAAAAAAGGAUACGACGUCUUCAGCGACUACGAUCAGCACAAAUUCAAAGUUGGUUAAUAAUUCAAGUAGUACAACUUCUACAAAAGAGGUUUCCGAGGAGGAAAUGGAGAAAUCAUUAAGGGUUAUGAAGAAAUUGAUUAAAUCUAAAAAUUAUGAUGAUAAAUUCAAGCAGGCUUAUAUUCGCAAGAUGGCGCGGAGGUUAGUACCAACUGAAAGCACUCCAUCAACAGAAUCUGUUGAAAAAAUGUCACUAGAAGUUGGUAAACCUGAUGAAAGUAAAGAUAAUGAUGCGCAUGCGCCAGGUGAUUGGAAAGAAAACGUCACAAAUUCCGAAAAGUUGUAUUCAAGUGUAGAUACGAAGAGUACAGAUAGUCCUAAAGAAUGUUUGGUUAGUUUUGCUAAGCGUGAGCGGGAAAAUCAACUGGAUUGGAUAAAAUCCGAGAUGGAGCACCUUGCAAAACUUAAAUCUUUACUAGAAACAAAGAAAAAGUCACAUAGGAAUAAUAUCAGCGCUUCUGUGCCGAAUAUUCCAACGAAAACAGAUGAUUACACGAAGAGUACUGCGGUGUAUAUGAUCACCACCGAGAAAAAUGGCGGAGCGACUUGUACACACAACGCAUGCGCAUCCAGAACAACGAAGAGCGCCUCUGGCGAGAUCAACUUCCACGUGCAUAAUAAUCUAGGCGUGCGUGAUUAUCGCUUCAAAGAGAUCGUCACCAAGAUCACGCCACCUGUAGUUAGCAAUUGUAGUUGUAAUCGUAGUGAUGAUUGUUUUUCAGACCGUGCACCGCAUCUUACACCCUCUCAGCAACCACAACAACAAUGUCCGAAGGCGGCAUGUCGGCCGUGUAGUCGCGAAGGUGAAGUACCGCUGAUGACUGUGCGUCGUCCACGUGAUAUCUUCCCAACGCCACCGGUCGAAGCGGCGAAACCGAGAAACAAUCGCAGUCGAUCGUCGUCGGCUAAAAGCACGUCCAUCACCGAUGAUACGUCGGGGUAUCCUUCGCGCAGGCGCCCUUCGAUUACGCCCUCAAAAAAAUCGUCGCAUAAACGUAAACCACGGCCGGCUCCUGCGUGUUGUUGUUCGGGUGCGUCGCCUGAUGAAGAGAAACGCAAGGGGACCUCACAGGCGAAGAGUGAUUCGGAUACGGAGUCGAGUCAUUACGAAUCGCUGACGAAGUAUCCGAGUAAAAGUAAAACCACUACGUUUAAUAAUUCAAGUCGGAUUUUAACUGCGGAUGAUUUAAAACGGGUUAAAGAAGUGCCGCAUAGCACGCAUCAUUUUUGUUGUAAGAUGGCGGAACAUACACCGCUGAUUCUCCCACCGCUGCCGUCCACGUCACCGAAGAAGGAUAGUUAUAAAAAAUACAAAGCGCAGAAACUCAAAGAGAAAGAACUACUGCAGGAGGAGAAGGAGAAAAAGGAGAAGGCGAAAAAGCGUGAGGUCGCCAUUACGGCACCGCCGAAGGAACGCGAGCGGAAACGAUUGCGUGAUCGUGAUAAAGAAUUCACGAGCGAAGCCGAACCCAAAAGUAUCACCGAUGAUGAAAGUGGUAAAUAUACGCAUGCGCCGCCAUUUUUGGAACCGUCCAAACUGAAAAUCGUGUGUUCCAAAGCGAAACGUGAAGUAAUCCUCACUGAAAAAUCAUCUGUGACACAACCGACGACGAAUACAAGCACAACGAAUAAACUAGAAAUAAAAAAACGCUCGAAAACCGAUACCGACGCGAAUAAACAUAACCUCAAUCAGAAAAGUAACAAAAGUAAGUCACAGCUACCAUCUGAGUCACGUACUGAGAGCGAAGUGCAUAGUUUUGAACGUUUUACGAAUACAGAAGGCUCAUGGAACGAAGACGACGAAGAUGAGUUUACAAAAUGUCCGAAUGCGAUGAAUACCAUGAGUCACUGCAGGUGUGCAAAGUCUUCGCGUAAUAUGUGUUCGUGUGUCGCGUCGAAAACAGGCACAGUUUCCCUGCAGACUGUGAUAGCACCCAAGCCAGGUGUUGAGAAAGGUGUGAUGAAAGAUGAAGAACCCAAGGCGACAGACGCGAAGGAUGUGCAAGUUGGCGUGGAGAAACCUGUAAUGAAACAGAAAGCCGUCGGGGAUGAUGUGAAAUACACAGCGAAGGAAAUUGCCAGUCAAAUUCCACAUUUAAAGGAGCAGGAGAGUCCGAAAAGUGGGUUAAGUAUCACGCCAGCGGCUGUGGUGACGUACAUGCCGCCAUCUGGCGGUGAUUCAACGAAUUCAACGUCUGGACGUGCGCCUGCCGGGUAUAAAAUGGUGAAGGAUUUGUCCAAGAUGAAUUUGAGCAGUGCUGUUAUCAUCAGCAGUGUGGUUACGUCCAGUGUGUCGAAUCCUGAUGAUAAUAUUAGGAGACUUGUGUUGGAGAUGCCGUUGGAUGAGCGUGAAGAAGAUGGGUUGAUUCCACGUUUGGAAAAGAAGUUUACCAAAGAUAAAGAAGUGGAUCCACCCGAGAGCGAUGUGUUUUCGUCGAUGUUGUCUUGUAGUUGUUUGCAGAGUUCUUCGUCGAGGGUGACUACGACCGCCGGGUCGACCACGGAGGUUAUGUGCUCAUGUUGUGGAAAGUUCGUCAUUGACAGCGAAUCUUCACUUAUGUUAGGUGAUAAUAAUGUGGCGCCAUUUUGUUGGCCCUGCUACUGCGCGUCGACGAAACGCGACUGGAAUCCGGCGGAUCCCUUCUACCAGCAGCCGGACCACAUGUGCAAGUGUUACAAUAACAAAAUUGACGACAAUGCACUGGAGAAGAUUCGCGAUACGUUGAGGCAGUUGGCAGAGAUUGAUAAUCAGGAAGAGGCGCCCACGUCGUCCACGAAGGUGACGUCGAAGAGUGACCGGCUGGUUUGUCAUUCGUGUAAUAAAAAGAUUAAGCGUGAGACGUCGGUGAAGAAACCAGUGGCGUAUGUGUUGAAAUUUGAGCCCGGUGAAGAGGUGGAUGGGGAUGAUGAGAAGCCGGAGCUGCAGUCGCUGCAGGAGAUUCGUGUCAAGGUACCCGUGAAGAAUAAGAAGGCGUGCGUUGGCGGGCAGACGACCUCGAGCGGGUCGAGCAAGAAAAAGCGAAAGAACGGCGGCGGCGCCGACGCGGAGAAUAAGCGUAAUUUGCAGGAUUACUUGUCAUCGAAUCGGCCGGACUUUGUGCGCUCAGCGGAGGAGCGGCGGCGAUGUCUCAUUGAGUUGGCGUACAUGCGCGAACAACGGUGUAAGAAGUACCAAGAACUGCUGGCACUCUCGAAUGGCCAGCCACCCUGUCAACCUAUGCAUACGGAAAAAAAAUUGCGCUUAUUUUCGACAAAGGAAAUGAAACGCAUGACUGCGAAACAUUACAAAAAGCUUCCGGAAGUGCAGGAAAAAAUUUUAGAUACAAAGCGCCAGCGUACAAAACAAACCAACAAAUUGUUAGCCAGUAUUUUUAAUCAGAAGUUGAGAGAAAUGGUCUUGCGUGGACAGGCGUCCCUGUCAACCAGUAUCAGUGUUAUUAAUAUGUGAUCGACGAGAGUUUUUUUAUCUGGAUUUUCUAAGAGUGUCAUAUUUUUUUAAAGAAUUUUAACUUGUUGUCAUCAAAACUACCUGAAAUACAUGAACUAACAAAGA